AUGACCAUUAUCGCAAUCAUAUAUGAUAUUUUGGAUCAUCCUUCUGCUUCUCCUACACCCGCAUCCGAUGACUGUGAUGAUGUCGCUUCUCUCUCUCUCUCUCUCUCCACCAACGUGGUUGUGGCUCCUUCUUCCUUGUCUCCAUUGUUCACACUCUUCACCAACGUGGUUGUAGCUUUCUCGUCACAGUACCAAUGGUCAGCAAUGCAAUCGACGACUUGGAGAUACAAAAAAAAACAAGAUAUAUUGAAACGAUUGAUUGUGCAUAUGUCCAUGGAUGAAAUUUUGUUUCUUUACAACAAUUGUUUCUCGUGCUCCUCUUCCGCUAUGGCUUCCACCAUUAAAUUUUGGAAUGUUUAUCGUGGUGUGAUGCUUGAUUCCUACGAUACUGGAUCUCAAGUGGUGGAUAAUGAAGCCCUUGCUGCUGCAACUUGGAGCCAUAUCUAUCAGCCAAAGCAAUCCAUAUGGUCGGGUUUGAUGCAAGAAGAAACUACCAGCUGGAUCUGGAACGCCUCCUCGUAG